AUGCAGUUAACAACCCUCUUCAUGACCCUCUCGGCUGCUGCCGGCCUCGCCCUUGCCGCCUCUACUUCUAGCACCAACCUUGACACCUGCCAGCGUAUCCAGUCCGAUCUCCAGGGAAUGAACGUUACCUACCUCCCCGAUAUGAUCCACCUCCGCCGCUCGAGCAAUGCCUCUUUCAACGUCCCUGCCAACGCCCGUGGUCCCUGCUCUCUUAUUGCGGCCUUUCCGGCCGACUAUUCGAUUAGAGACUCCUCGGUUGAGCAAGGCGGCAACCCCAUUGCUGUCAACGUCACCGACGUUGAUGGUCCCACCCCCGACUCCCUAGUUGGUACCGUUCGCUUCCCUUCUGCCUUGCCUGGUCCGACGACUAAGGAGGCAGUCAAGAUCACCAUCAACAGUUUUGCCUGCAGGGAGAAGAUGACUUACCAUUUUGAGGCCGCCGAGUUGGGUUCGGUUCAGUUCAAGAACACGGCGGAUGCUGGGCUCUUCAUUGAAUAUAGCUGCUAA